UUCUCGACUGUUGAGCGCGCAACUGUUUUCAUUUUUCCGGCUCGGUCGCAAAAUUCGAUUUUCCACUACACUUUAUUUGGGAACAAUUCGGAUACGUUUCGGGAAACUUUUUAAAUAUGCAAAUCGAACCGAAGCAAGCCGUGUUUUUUCCUUACUUUUAAGGUUGUGUGUUUUUAUACUCGUAAUGUGUAAACAUACGUAUACGUAUGUAUCUACGCCCUCUUCAGUCAAUAAAUAUUAAUGCUAUUUUGUGCAGUUAGACAGGCAUGAAUUAGAAAGCAUUAUUUAUUGCACACGUCUGCAGUGUGAAUCAAAACAAAAUCGGAAGCGGCCCGAGAGUGGGUGAGAAAGAGGAGGAGGAGGAGAGCGUGAGAAACCCAGUGGAAAAGAAAUAACAGCUGCCGGCUGAUUUGUUGCCGAAAAGGAAUACGAAGAAAGAAGAAAAACGUGAAGAAACAUAGCAGCUGAAAGGAACCUGGCUGAGUAGAAGUACGUUGUAGCAUGCCAGGAUCAAAAAAGUGAAUAACAGAUCAUAAUGAGCAUCCGCACGGAGCAGGAUUACGACAGUGCCACUCCGGCGCUGGCACAGCAAAUGAAUUUGGCCCGAAGAGCCUGCUGGAGGAUCAAAUCCUACAGCUCGGAAUCCCUCUUCAAGACCUAUGCUUCUGUAAUAACAGAUACUAGUGCAAAUGAAAUCGAUGCAGAAGCACCUCCACCACCGAGAGAUAAAACCAAAACGAGAAUAGAGCCACAGAUAGCGCCCGCAAAACGCAACUCAUCCUGCACAUCAUCCGACUGGCGGGGGAUGUUCAGCAAAAGGACGCUGCUCAUCUGCGCCCUGGCACUGAUCCUUGGAAGUGCCCAGGCGCGGCCCAACACGAGUGCUGUGGGAGUGGCUCCGAGAAAGGUCAGCCAGGACAUUGUGGAUGCGGUCACCCAGCUAAAUCUGGGCCAGUCGGCGCCCAUUGAUGCGGUGGAUGUGGGGCUGGAUCCAACGCCAUCGGCGAGAGUGCCACGUCCCGAACCAUUGAAAUCCGGCGACGAGAAUGCGAAGGGCGACGAGGGACACAAGAUGGAGCGGUAUCCCCUCUCCAGUGUGGACUUCGCUCGGGUAAAGACGCCGUUCAUCAUUGGAAUCUGGAUCCUGUCGGCCAGUAUAGCUAAAAUCGGUUUCCAUAUGACGCCCAAACUGCACCUAAUAUUUCCGGAAUCGUGCCUGCUGAUUGUCGUGGGCGUGGUCAUUGGCGUGGUGCUCUAUUUCUGCACCGAUGUCGCCGUCUCCCCGCUGACUCCCAAUACCUUCUUCUUCUACAUGCUUCCACCGAUUAUCCUGGACGCGGGCUACUUUAUGCCCAACAGAUUGUUCUUCGACAACCUGGGCACCAUCCUGCUGAUGGCGGUGGUCGGAACCAUCUUCAACAUAGCUACCAUCGGUGGCUCCUUGUACGCCUGCGGAAAGAUGGGAAUUUACGGGGAAAGCGAGACUCCGGGUCUAAUGGACGUGUUUCUAUUUGCCUCACUGAUAUCUGCAGUGGAUCCGGUGGCCGUAUUGGCCGUAUUCGAGGAGAUACACGUGAACGAGAUCCUAUACAUUGUCGUCUUUGGCGAGUCCUUGCUGAACGAUGCCGUCACGGUUGUGAUGUACCACAUGAUGGAGUCCUACAAUGAGAUUGGCUUGGACAAAAUCAUCGCCCAGGACAUUGCCAGCGGUGUGGGUUCCUUCUUCGUGGUAGCGCUCGGUGGCACUGCCAUAGGCAUCAUCUGGGGCUUUCUCACGGGCUUGGUGACCCGAUUCACCGAUCACGUGCGUGUCAUAGAACCCAUUUUCAUAUUUGUGAUGGCGUACUUGGCCUAUCUCAAUGCGGAAAUAUUCCACAUGAGCGGCAUUUUAGCCAUCACUUUCUGUGGUAUCACAAUGAAAAACUAUGUGGAAUCUAAUAUUUCACAAAAGUCGCAUACGACUGUCAAAUAUGCCUUAAAGAUGUUGUCCAGCUCGGCGGAGACCAUUAUAUUUAUGUUCCUAGGCGUGGCCACUGUGAACAACAUGCACGUAUGGAAUACGUGGUUUGUAGUGCUGACCAUUGCCUUCUGUUCAGUAUUUCGUGUCAUUGGCGUCAUUUUGCUAUCGGCCCUUGCCAAUCGCUUCCGCUUGCACAAAUUGUCCCGGGUGGAUCAGUUUGUGAUGUCCUACGGAGGAUUGCGUGGUGCUGUGGCCUUUGCCCUGGUGCUGUUGGUGGACGAGAAUGUGGUUAAGCAGAAGAACAUGUUUGUUACCACCACGAUAGCUGUGAUUUACUUUACUGUCUUCCUGCAAGGAAUCACUAUAAAGCCGCUGGUGAAAAUCCUUAAUGUCAAGCGCGCUAAUAAACGCAAGCCAACCAUGAAUGAGCGCAUUCAUGAACGGUUCAUGGAUCACUUGAUGGCUGGAAUUGAGGAUAUAGUGGGCAAGACGGGCAACUACAACGUGCGUGACAAGUUCAAGCGUUUCGACAAUCGCUUUAUUCGCCCGCUGCUGAUCAGAGAUCUUAAGGGAGCUGAGCCGAAGAUCAUCGAGACGUACUCCAAACUGACGAUGCGCGAUGCUAUGGAAGUUAUGAGGCGAAAUCCAUCCACUAUUGGCCAGAUGACGGGAACCGAGUCGAUGAGCGCCCUUUUCCGGAAUUAUACCAAUAACUAUAUUGGCGGCAGCCCCAGUCUGACAAAUCUAGACAAUACCUGUUCCCGUAAUCUGGACAUGGCUGAGCUGGAUUAUAAUCCAUCCAAGAAGGAUCUAACCGAUGCCAGGAUCCAUCAUCUUUUGGCCGAAGAACUGAAGCCUUAUAGAAGGCACCGUCGUCUUAGUUAUAGCCGACACGCAGUAGAUGACAGAGAUUUGUCAACCCAGGUCAAUUACAAGAUGCAAAUGAACUUCAGGCGGAUGUUUAAUGAUCGAAAACAUCACAAACGCAGCAAACGUGGUGCCAGCAACAAGGAGGCCAAGGAGAACGUUAAGCAGAAUCAUGUCUCGUUCCAUGACUUUCAACAGAACGGCACCACUAAGCAACUCACCAAUGGUACGGAAUCGAGUUCAAACCAUUCACGAAAAAAAUCUUACAGAAAAAGACAUACUCACAAUUCACUUAACAAAUAUCGUAGAUUAGAAAUAGCCGAGGAGUGCCAACAGAAUCCCAACGAGAUCAAUGUUGUUGGCCCGAGCGACGAUUGGGAUGAUGGCCUGACCUUCACCGCCAAAUCAUCACCUGACUCGGAUCGUGCCAAUAACAAUUCUCUGAUAGCCCACAUCCAAAACCUGCCGGGUUUCGAUGCCUCCAAGGCCCGUAUCGUCGUCCAGCACUAUGCGCCCAAGGCCGACGACAAUCCGGACACAGAUAUAGAGUCCCCGGAGCAGGCCAUUGGGCCCACGGCCGCCGAAUUGAUAUUGCCGUGGCGGCGGGAUCGUUCAUACCAGAGCAUUGUGGCCGAACAUCCCAUUCCCGAGGAGGAUCGUAAUCUGUCCCGCGAAUCCGACGGAGAAAGGCGUGUGGCCACACCCACCGCCACGGAAUCCCAAUUGCCGUGGAAAAGACAGGGUGACGAAUGCACGGAUGCAGUGCAGCAGAACGAGUUUCCCGCUUGGGCCUCCAACAAGGAGUACUUGGCUUACAAUUCCCCCAGUGCAACAUUCCUAGGUGGUAUAAACAAGCCUAAACAGCCCAAGUCCGUCAUAGGUCUCUUCCGCCGUGAGAGUUCCAGCUCGAAGGCCGGGAGCGUUGGCGUCGGCAGCACAGGAGCCAUGGACUCCGCCGCCAGUGGCUCCGAAACGAUGGUGGUGUCCAUGUCCAGCCAACCGCCCAACGCUCCAUCGACGUCCAUCCACAAUCCGCGGCUGGACAAGCGCUCCCAGUCGAUCUCCUCAAGCUCGCUGGGCGCCGGAGCCCAUCAGCUAGGUCCGGAGGGUCAUUCCGGCCCAUUUCCGGUUACGGCCAGUCAUCGGCGGAACGUGCGCAGGGGCUCCAUGCUGGAGCUAAGCGGCGGCGUCUCAAUUGAAUCUGAUUAAUCAAAUCCGAAACGAGCACAGAGCCAGAGCAAUUAACUAGCUAAACUGUACAGUAAAUGCACAAACACUCACCAUAUUUCUACACGCACACAAGCACACACUGACACCAAACUGUUAUACAAUUGAGAGCACCUGUGAUAACUUUCCCUAGACACAAUUUCUAUGCCUAAAGCGUAUCUUUAAACGGCUUUAAUCACACGAACUAUGUAGACACAAUACCGGAGGAGUCGUCGUACCAGCACGGACACUCCAAGUCCUUGUGCGAGCCGGCGGACUCCGAUGAAUGGGAGGGAGCACCGUUGUCCGCAGCCGGCGGAGCAAACAGCGAGCUUUUGAUGCGAAUGAGCGGCAGGGAACCACUCCUGCCACGCCCAUCCAACACGCCUCGUGCCCAGAUUCGGCGCAUGAACGCCGGGGCGGUGGGCGGUGCAGGCGUGAGCCAGGCGGGCCGUAAGAACCAGGUGACCAAGGCACUGUUGGACUACGAGGAUUCCGAAACCGACUCCGAUGAGAACGAUGAUGAUGAGGACGAGGACUUCGAUUCCUACGAUGACGAGAACAUUGUGGUCACCACCUUUACAACACCGGCCACGGGCAGAAGACCGGGAUCUAGUCCAGGAUCCGGGUCAGAAGCCAACACCGCCACUACCACCACGACAAGCAUUCGGCUGACCCGCAACAACGACGAAAGCAUCAUUUGAGUAUCAAGCACGGAUGGCGACGCGGAGGAUCUGGAGGAUGAUGAGCCACCGGUGUCAGCACCACCAUCUAACAAUCCAAAAAGUUUGCGUCUGCAUCUAUUCCCGUAUGAGAUGUUCUAAGCUCACAUUUAAAUGACCUAGGUCGUAAGACAAAAGUUGAAAAAAAACGUUGGAAAAUAGUUUCAAAAUAAGGUUUAGACCAAAAAGGUUUAUAACUAUAUUAACAUAUGAAUCGGACAAAUGUUAAGAUAAUGGAAUAGCAAAAAUUGUAUAUAACACCAGAUAUGAAUAACUUAAUUAAUUUCUCUUGGUCGUUUAAGUCGCUUUUUAAGAUUUUUAACUUCCAGUUUUGUGCUUAGUCCCGAUCAAUUCUUAUUAUGUACCACAAACAUAUAUAUCGAAAAAUAAUUUAGUGAUUUCAGCUGAUGUGUUCCAAAAUAGCAAGCAAAAAAAUUGUGAAUUGUGUAAUAAUUAACACAGCGUAGCCAAAGUUCAUGUUAAGCGUACAACUAACGUUUAUUUCUUUAUUUGUAAUUUAGACAAAAUGUGCUAACUGAAAAUCACAUUGCGAGUAUAUGUUGCAAGCAGUACUUAAGCGCUUACUUAGUUUAGUUCAAUUUUAGUCUUAGUUAUUAAAGAGUUUAAAGCAAUUAAUUUCCGUAUAGCCGCAGAGUCAGAACAAAAAAUAAUGCAGUAAAGUUUGUCUCAGCUGGAACUGUCAGUAAACUUGCAUCAUUCAUCAGUGUAAAUAAAUUUUUGGAGUAUUUCGAAACUGUUUUGGGAACGGCAAUGACCUCUAUAUGAACUGUAUGAUUUGGAAACGGUUCUUAAAAGAGGCUUUAAAGCAGGUUAUGAAGCAGCGGAUUUUCUACAGCCUCUAUGAGAUCUUACAUCUUGUUGUAAUACUCCAGCCCCCUUAUAACUAGUUUCAAAACAAGGUUACUUCGCAGAUACAGUUGAGCAGAAUUUUACCUUACCCUAACUAUAAAAUAUACACAAAUGAAGUAACUGGUGUUUGACAGUAAAACGGACAGAGUUAUGUAACUUAAAAUUAUUUUUGUAAACAUUUACGUACGAUAAAGAUAAAGAUAUAGAUGCCCAAUGGAUCAUGUUUGAACGAGCGAGAGUUUUGCAAUAGCUUCUGUAUGGAAUUUGAAUGUAUGACUAGGAUUGAGUUAACCAAGCAUAAGCGUGAACGUGCUCAAAUCCCAAGUAAAAACUAGGAAUAGUUGAAACAAGUAGAUUUACUAUGCUGACAUAGAUUUGAAGAUGCAUUAAAAGGAAGAAGGAACUCAAAUUUCCAGACCAGACACCCACGGGACACACGGAGUCAACUGAGAACACAGUAGCCAAUAUCCGGAAUGAUACUUAUUCUGGAACCUACCUACCUAAAUAUACUUGCGUGGACUGCUAACGAUAGAGCGUGGAAAUGGAACACAUACCUACCUACUACGUUUAACACAAAAUAAAUGCAUAUAUUUUUAAACUCAUGGGCAAACCGCAUAGUAGCAUAGAACUUGAAUUAAUCCAUUUACAUACCUGUAAACUUGGUAUUUUGUAAUCCCAAUAGGUUCUGUACAAGAAUGCCUUCGCCAGAUCAGAUAGAAUUGGUUACUUUAGUUCUUCGCAUUUUAUUUUUAUCAGUAAGACAAUAAACAGCUACAAGAAGAGCUGGAUCUUGGAAAUUGUCAUUUUGAAAUAAAUCAUUAGUGGAAAACCAAAAAAUCAG